AUGAAGAAAGGAUUAACUCUUAUAAUACUUUUAUACUUAAUUUAAAUCACUUAGUAGGAUUGCAUAAGUUCAUUAAAAUAACAGUAAUUAAUAUUGAAGGGAAAUUACAAGAAGGUGCUACACUAGUAGUCAGGAUCAGUGAUAUAAGGUGCAAUUUUCAAUUAGGGGAAUAAGGGUUCUUGUUUAAAAGAUGAUGUGUAUACUAUAAGAGAUGAUGGAGUAAGUUACACCUAUUGUCUUUACUAUACCUAAUCAAUUAAACUAAAACUAAUGUAAAAAUAUUUACUAAAUACAUUAAAAAUUUGGCUUUGGGAAUUUGACUAUCUUAAUAACUAAUAAUUCAGGUAUUACAAUUUGAAUAUUUUUGCCAAUUUAAAUGAAGAAAAAAAUAAAAUUUAUGAAAGUGAAUAUGCAAGUAGCAUAAUCAAAAUACAUUUUCCAGAUUAGUUAGUUUAAGAAUUUUAGGUAUUUAAUAUAAGAGGUAAUACUCACAAUACGGCUUUACACAUUAUAAAAGCUGAAGCUUAUUAUAAAUUUUCAUGA